AUGGCUGAAAAGGCUCCUCCAGGGAUAAACAGAAAGUCUUCUAGGUCAACCCAGUCCCUGCCUCCAGAACCAGUGGACAUAAUCAGGAGUAAAGCAUGUUCAAGGAGAGUCAAAAUCAAUGUGGGUGGACUCAACCAUGAAGUUCUAUGGAGGACUUUAGAUAGACUUCCACGGACACGAUUAGGGAAGCUCAGAGAUUGCAAUACUCAUGAAUCUUUACUAGAAGUAUGUGAUGACUAUGAGCUCAAUGACAAUGAAUAUUUCUUUGAUCGACACCCUGGUGCUUUCACUUCCAUUUUGAAUUUCUACAGGACAGGGAAGCUACACAUGAUGGAGGAAAUGUGUGCCCUUUCUUUUGGCCAGGAGCUAGAUUACUGGGGGAUUGAUGAAAUAUAUUUAGAAUCUUGUUGCCAGGCAAGAUACCAUCAGAAGAAAGAACAAAUGAAUGAAGAAUUAAGGCGAGAAGCAGAAACUAUGAGAGAAAGAGAAGGGGAGGAGUUUGAUAACACCUGCUGCCCAGAGAAAAGGAAAAAACUCUGGGACCUGCUGGAGAAACCCAACUCCUCUGUGGCUGCAAAGAUUUUGGCCAUUGUAUCCAUUUUGUUCAUUGUACUGUCCACAAUUGCACUCUCACUCAACACUCUACCUGAACUUCAAGAACUUGAUGAAUUUGGACAGCUAAAUGACAACCCCCAGCUAGCACAUGUAGAAGCUGUGUGUAUAGCUUGGUUUACUAUGGAGUACCUUUUGCGUUUCCUAUCAUCUCCAAACAAGUGGAAGUUCUUCAAAGGUCCACUAAAUGUGAUUGAUUUGCUGGCCAUUUUGCCAUAUUAUGUCACUAUUUUCCUCACAGAAUCCAACAAAAGUGUGCUACAGUUCCAAAAUGUCCGCCGUGUGGUUCAGAUAUUCCGAAUCAUGAGAAUACUAAGGAUUCUUAAACUUGCCAGACAUUCUACAGGCCUUCAGUCUUUAGGAUUUACUCUCAGGAGGAGUUACAAUGAAUUGGGUUUGUUGAUAUUAUUUUUAGCAAUGGGAAUUAUGAUAUUUUCCAGUCUUGUAUUUUUUGCUGAGAAGGAUGAAGAUGCUACAAAGUUUACAAGUAUCCCUGCAUCGUUUUGGUGGGCCACUAUCACUAUGACAACAGUAGGUUAUGGUGAUAUUUAUCCCAAGACUUUACUUGGCAAAAUAGUUGGAGGGUUAUGCUGUAUUGCUGGGGUGCUAGUAAUAGCCCUGCCCAUUCCUAUCAUAGUAAACAAUUUCUCAGAGUUCUACAAAGAACAAAAACGGCAGGAGAAAGCCAUUAAAAGAAGAGAGGCACUUGAGCGAGCAAAAAGAAAUGGAAGCAUUGUCUCAAUGAAUCUAAAAGAUGCCUUUGCUCGCAGCAUGGAGCUGAUAGAUGUAGCUGUAGAUUCCAGCAAGACUGAGGAAGCAGCCAAUCUGAAACAAACCCCUGAUGAUAAUCAUCUAUCUCCAAGCCGGUGGAAAUGGGCCAGGAGGACAAUAUCUGAAACAAGUUCUAAUAAGUCCUUAGAGAACAAAUACCAAGAAGUAAGCCAGAAAGAUUCCCAUGAAAAGCUAAACAACACUGCAUUAUCCUCCAGUCCUCAACAUCUGAGCGCUCAGAAACUUGAAAUGUUGUACAAUGAAAUUACUAAAACUCAAUCUCAGCCGAAUCUUAAUGCCAAUUACCGAAACCCAUCAGCAAAACCUUCGCUCUGUGAGGAAGAAAUAGAAAUGGAAGAGGUUACUGGACAAGAAGAACUACUGGCAUCAGGACCCAGACAUUUAAUAACUGACAUGAGAAGCAUUUCUAGCAUUGACAGCUUUGCCAGCUGUGCCACUGAUUUCACUGAGACAGACCGGUCCCCACUUCCUCCAUACUCUGGUUCUCAUCUGCAGCUCCGGUUCUCACUCCCAAGUGAGUCUCUCCAUUUAGAAGACCAAAGAGCAAAGAGUUCUCAGCUUUUAUUACUCUCCAGAGAUAAAAUAUUUGCCCCCAGGGACAUUACUUUUGAAUAUCCCACUGAUACUGCUAUGAACACUGAUAACACUGGCUCCCAAACUCCACUUCAAACUAAUUUCCACUUUGACAGUGCGAUGGACAGUCCCAAAAGUUCUCUGAAAGGAAGUAAUCCAUUAAAAUCAAGAUCCCUUAAGGUUAAUUUUAAAGAAAACAGAGGCAGUGCUCCACAAACACCACCUAGCACUGCAAGGCCAUUGCCAGUAACAGCAGCAGCAGGCCUCAUGCAAUCUACUCCUCAGCAUAUCAGCACCAUUCUUUUAGAAGAAAAUUCCUCCCGAGGAGAAGGACCUUUGCUAGGUGUUGAUGUGCCAGCGCUUUGCCAGGGAACUUCCAAGACAUCACCCCCUCAGUUUCCCAAACAAAAGCUUUUUACUUUCCCUUCCAAGGAGAGGAGAAGCUUCACUGAAAUAGACACUGGAGAAGAUGAUGACUUUAUGGAGAUUCCUGGCACAAGACAUGACAAGCAAGAGGAAAUCAAGACAAACUGCUUUGGAGAUAAACACAAAGAUGACAAUCAUUUAACAGAAGAACCUCUGGUCAGCUCUUCUCCCAAACGCUUGUCUCACAACUGUACUCAAGGCAUUUACCAUGGCGGGGGGGAAGUAAAAGCAGACAAUAGCCAAGGAGGACACAAAAUGGAAAACCAUUUGUUUUCCCCAGAAAUCCAUACAAAUCCUGGAGAAGCUGGUUACUGUCCCACACGGGAAACUAGUAUGUGA